CCUCUCCCUCGCAAGAAACGUAGGGAGAAAGUUCAGAAAUCGCCCCCAAAAUUCCCCAAUUCUAGCGACCAAAGCCUCUCGAGUCGUCCCUCGAAAUCAUAGCGGCCGGCCGGAUCUAUUCGCUGCCCAGAGCUCUCUUCCCGUCGCACAACCGUUCUUGUUCGCUCUCGUAGAAGAUUCGAGGCACCUUGAGCGAUGGAUCAGCGGGCGAGGUUCCCUCCCGGCAUCGGCAACGGCCGCGGCGGGAACCCUAAUUUCUACGGCCGUGGCCAGCCACCGAUGCAGCAGCAUCACCAGCAGCCGCCGCAGCAGCAGCCGCAGGGGCACCUGCAGCAGUACAUGCAGCGGCACUCGCAGCACCACAACCAGCAGCUUCAGCAUCAGCAGUGGCUUGGGCGGAAUCAGAUCGCUGGCGAGGCCGCGGGCACCUCCAGAGCCAGCGAGCAGCAGUCGCCGCCUGCUGCGGAUGACGUCGAUUUGAGUUCGCAAGACUGGAAGGCCCAAUUGAAACUCCCACCUCCAGAUACACGCUAUCAGACAGAGGAUGUCACUGCUACUAAGGGGAAUGAAUUUGAAGACUAUUUUCUGAAGCGUGAACUUCUUAUGGGCAUAUAUGAGAAAGGAUUUGAAAGACCUUCUCCUAUCCAAGAAGAAAGCAUUCCUAUUGCACUAACCGGCAGCAACAUUCUUGCAAGAGCAAAAAAUGGAACUGGCAAGACUGCCGCAUUUUGUAUACCAGCGCUAGAAAAGAUUGAUCAAGACAAAAAUGCUAUUCAAGUUGUUAUAUUGGUCCCCACGAGGGAACUGGCUUUGCAAACGUCACAAGUCUGCAAAGAACUUGGGAAGCACCUGAAGAUUCAAGUCAUGGUCACUACUGGAGGAACAAGCCUAAAGGAUGAUAUCGUCCGUCUUUAUCAACCUGUUCAUUUACUUGUUGGGACGCCUGGUCGUGUUUUGGACCUUACAAAGAAAGGCAUUUGCAUUCUGAAGGACUGUUCAAUGCUUAUUAUGGAUGAGGCAGACAAGCUUCUUUCUCCCGAGUUCCAACCUUCUGUGGAGCAGUUAAUUCGAUACCUUCCAUCGAGUCGACAGAUUUUAAUGUUCUCUGCAACAUUCCCUGUGACUGUCAAGGCUUUCAAGGACAAAUAUCUCCCUAAACCCUAUGUUAUUAACCUUAUGGACGAACUUACAUUGAAGGGAAUUACCCAGUUCUAUGCUUUUGUUGAAGAAAGGCAGAAAGUUCAUUGUCUGAAUACUCUUUUUUCCAAGCUGCAAAUUAAUCAAUCAAUAAUAUUCUGUAACUCUGUAAAUCGUGUUGAACUACUGGCGAAGAAGAUCACAGAGCUUGGUUACUCUUGCUUCUACAUCCAUGCUAAAAUGCUGCAAGAUCAUCGUAAUAGAGUAUUCCAUGAUUUCCGUAAUGGUGCGUGCAGGAACCUUGUGUGUACAGAUCUUUUUACAAGGGGAAUAGAUAUCCAAGCUGUUAAUGUUGUUAUCAAUUUUGAUUUCCCCAAGAACGCUGAAACCUAUCUCCACAGGGUCGGUAGAUCUGGGAGAUUUGGCCACCUUGGCCUGGCUGUGAAUCUGAUCACCUAUGAGGACCGCUUUAACUUGUAUCGGAUUGAGCAGGAGCUUGGAACUGAGAUAAAACCUAUACCUCCUCAGAUAGAUAGGACGAUAUAUUGCCAAUAGUUAUCUGACAGAUUCCCCUCUCUCGAAGUAAUAAGGCAACUUGUGUAAAUAGCAGCUCAUCAGGUUUCCUUGAUGUGACAUUUAUGGUGCAUCUUAACGCAAAGUUGUUGUGGAGCGCUCACUGACAGGUGAAAUUGUAGCUAGCUCAUCUAAUUUCAAUCGGACAUGCCUGCUGGUAUCGACGGUGAAUAUUAAGGAAAGUAGUGUGGCCAAGCUAAAACUUCCAGCCACUCUUUGACAGUAGUUAAUGUUGCUAACAAGUUCCCUUACCAGGCUGUUUGCCCUAAUACUGAAAGAUCUCUUUUCUUUUGACAAUGUAUUAGCUGGCUAGCUUUUUCUACAGGACAUUUUAACCCUGGUAUUUCUGUGAGUUGUGUGACCUUUCAUGUGGACAGAUUGAUCAUUCCACCUGGGCCAAGCUGUCAUGACGUAUCUGUGUCAAGAUAUAGAUGUCUAAGAUGUCAACUGGGAUCCCGCCUCAUUCCCACUUGCAGUGCAAUUUAGUUUUUCUAGUGAAAUUUGAGACAAAAUUUACACUAGGAAAAUCAAAUUACACCACAGGUGGGAUUUACGUGGAUCCCACCUAACACCCUAUGAACCGCACAUUUUCCAGUAUUUUGUAUUUGAAUGCAUUCUGAUAUGCCAUAUUGUAAUGCCUAGAUUGGAUUGGUGUUCCAAUAGUAUAUGUUCCGUUCUAGAUUU